UUGAGCUUCAGAUGUCAUUGACAUUGGCUCACCUACUCUUCACGCCUUACUGGCCAUGGCUGAAUCCGGCCACACGAUUGUGCUUACCCCCGGAGACGAGAUCCCUGAUGACGCCUCGGAGCUCGACAGCACUGCCCCAUCAAGCAACAGCAUCACCAGCUCCAUCAUGGACUAUCGUCACGAGAACGGUAGAACCUACCACAAGUACAAGGACGGCAAAUACAUCUUUCCCAAUGAUGAAAGGGAAACCGAGAGACUGGACCUGCAGCACGAGAUUUUGACCUACACGUUCGAUGGCAAACUCGGGCUGGCUCCGCCCUGCAGAGAAGACGCCAAAGUCGGACGUGUCCUCGACGUCGGGACGGGCAGCGGUGUAUGGGCUAUCGAAUUUGGCGACUUGCACCCCGAAGCUGAGGUAGGUUCUCGGCGUGGACCUCUCGCCUCCCCGUCAGGAGUUGUAAGCAGGCCUGUCCCUCGCGACCCGAAAGAAAUAGAAUGUGCCCAGAAUUCUGAAAUUUUCGAGGUUAGCGUCCCCCCAAACGUCAGAUUUGAGAUUGACGAUGUGGAGGAGGAGUGGAUGCACUCGUCGCCGUUCGAUUACAUCCACAGCCGGUUCAUGAACGCGAGCAUUGCAAACUGGAAGGAAUACAUAAAGAACUGCUAUGACAACCUUGCUCCUGGCGGAUAUCUAGAGCUCACGGAAAACCAGGUUGACCCUGUCUCAGACGACGGUACAUUCCCCCAUAACUGUGCCAUAGACAAGUAUGUCCGAGCCAUCCAGGCAGCUUCGGAGAAGAUGGGGCGCACUUUUGUUGAUGUCCCAACUCUUAAGAACGUCAUGGAGGAGGUCGGCUUUCUCAACGUCGAGCUGCGGCAGUACAAGUGGCCCAUGAACCCAUGGCCCAGGGAGGAAAGGUACAGAGUUCUUGGACUCUGGUGCCUGGAGAACUUCAGUAAAGCCCUCGAGGCCGUGUGCGUGGCACUAUUCACGCGGGUGUUCAACUGGACCCUCGUUGAGGUCAACGUUUUUCUUGUCGACGUCCGUAAUGAUUUGAGGAACCCGAAUUAUCACGCCUACUUUAAUAUCUACUGCCUCGUCGGCCGUAAACCCGGGAAGGAGAGUGUUGGUUGAGCCUCAGUGGCUAGCGAUGAAAAAGAACACGUUGAGGCGUAAUGGAAACCCACCAUAUAAAGUAGCAUUAUACUAGAAAUUGUUAUUGUCGCAACGCUUGACGUGAGCCAAGUUUGUUUACC